AUGCCCUGCAAGGCAGCAGCCCGAGCUCCACAGCUAGAAGCUGCUCUGGAGAGACGCUCAGCUGCCCACAGCUGUCAGGAGUGGGAAGCACAGGGGGCCUUCAUGAUCCCAUUCCUCAUCCUGCUGGUCCUCCAGGGCAUCCCCCUGCUGUACCUAGAGUUUGCCAUCGGGCAGAGGCUGUGCAAGGGGCCUGUGGGCGUGUGGAGCGCCGUGCACCCGGCCCUCAAGGGCGUAGGCAUCACCUCCAUGCUGGCAUCCUUCAUGGUUGGGCUGUACUACAACACCAUCAUUGCCUGGAUACUGUGGUACUUCUUCAACUCCUUCCAGGACCCGCUGCCCUGGAGCCAGUGCCUGCUGGGCCAGAACCUCACGGGCUACACUAAUGAGUGCACGCGCAGCUCCUCCGUGGACUACUUCUGGUGGACUCCUGCCCAGCCCACUUCCCAGCAGGCCCUGGGUCCUCAGUCCUGGGCCCAGCAGUGGGGUGACGCCUGUGAGGUGACGCCGCUCUCGCCACAGCAAUUCACUUCCAUCAAUGGCUUCACGUCCGUGUACACGGCCACAGUGAUCUAUUCCACCAUUGGUUCCACGCCACCUAGCGCUACGGACGACUGCUUCAGCACGGACCUCCUGACCCUCAUGAACGCCUUCGACCUGCCGGAGGGCAACGUGACCCAGGAGAACUUCGCGGAGAUGCAGCGCUGGUGGAACGCCACGGACCCCGUGGCCUACGCCCAGCUCACGUUCCAGACCUGCGACAUGAACUCCUUCUUCUCGGAGGGCAUGGAGGGCAUGGGCCUGGCCUUCAUUGUCUUCGCCGAGGCCAUCACCAAGAUGCCGGUGUCCCCACUGUGGUCCGUGCUAUUCUUCCUCAUGCUCUUCUGCCUGGGCCUGUUGUCUAUGUUUGGGAACAUGGAGGGCAUGGCCGUGCCACUGCAGGACCUCAAGCUUAUCUCCACCAAGUGCCCUAACGAGCUGCUUACAGGCCUCAUCUGCCUGGGGACCUACCUGGCCCUCAUCUUCAUGCUGAACUCCGGCCAGUACUGGCUCUUCCUGCUGGACAGAUAUGUGGGCUCCAUCCCCCUGCUCAUCAUUGCAUUCUGCAAGAUGUUCGGGAUCCUCUAUGUGUAUGGCAUUGACAGGUUCAACAAGGACAUUGAGUUCAUGAUUGGGCACAAGCCCAACAUCUUCUGGCAGCUCAUGUGGCGGGUGGUCAGCCCCCUGAUCAUGCUGGUCAUCUUCCUCUUCUACUUUGUGGUCAAAGUCAGCAAGGAGCUAACCUACAGCAUCUGGGACCCCAGCUAUGAGUUCCCCAAAUCCCGGCAGGUCGGGUACCUGCCCUGGGUGUACGUGAUGGUGGUGGUCAUGGCUGGUGUGCCCAGCCUCGUUAUCCCAUGCUUCGCCAUCUACAAGCUCAUCAGGAGCCACUGCCAGUAGCCAGAGGAGCAGCAGGGCCUGGUCAGCACACAGUCCACAGCCUCUGUGAACAGGGACCUACUGAGGGCUACAGACCCUUGA